AUGGUGCGAUAUUCGAAAAUUUCGGCCGCGGCGGCAGCUUUGCUGCUCCCCUAUACCUCGGCACAAUUCGUACCCGCCCCCACCGACUUGAUCACAAAGAAGGGACAUGCUGGAAUCAACGUGCGAUACAAAGAAGUCCCGGCUGGAAUCUGUGAGCAGGAUCCAAAUGUCAAGAGCUACUCGGGCUACGCAGAUGUUGGUGAAAACGAGCAUAUUUUCUGGUGGUUCUUUGAGGCAAGAAACCAAGACCCGGAAAAGGCACCACUGACUGUUUGGAUCAAUGGAGGACCCGGGUCUUCCUCCAUGAUUGGAUUGUUCCAAGAACUCGGACCGUGCGGAGUGGAUUACGAUGGGAAUGUGUACAAUAACCCUUACUCGUGGUCCAACGCGAGCAAUAUGCUCUUCAUCGAUCAGCCAACCACAGUCGGACUGUCCUACUCAAUUCCCGUUCCAGCGUACCAAGAUAGCGACGGCAACAUCAUUCAAUUGCCUGACGAAACAUGCCCCGAUUACGCCGAGGAGGUUGGCACAUGCGGCACAUACUCUAAAUCGGACAUUAGCCUCGUUCCCAACACAACACAGGGAGCAGCCCCGAACAUGUGGAAGACUCUGCAAGGGUUCAUGGGCGCAUUCCCAAAGUACUCACGCAACGGCUUCUCGUUCACCACCGAGAGUUACGGUGGCCACUACGGCCCAGUGUUCAACGAAUACUUCCUCGAGCAAAACGCCAAGAAGAUUCAUGGCGCAAUCGACAUCGAACUUGAAAACGUACUGAUCGGAAACGGCUGGUUCGAUCCUCUAAUCCAAUACCAAGCGUACUACAACUUCUCUGUUUCCCCCGGAAACACCUACGACUAUGACCCAUACAACGCAUCCGUCAAAGCGGAAUGGUACAACAACCUCUACGGCGAGGGCAACUGCGUCGACCAGACGAAAGCGUGCUAUGCAACCGGCCGCAACGACAUCUGCUCGACGGCCGACAACUUCUGCGCGAACAAGGUCGAAUUCCUGUUCGAUAUCUACUCCGGCCGCGACGAGUACGACUCGCGCGAGCUGACCCCCGAUCCGUUCCCAUACGAGUUCUACGUGGACUACCUCAACAGCCCGACGGUCCAGGCUGCGAUUGGGGCGUAUCAGAAUUUCUCCGAGUAUUCGUAUACGGUUGGGAAUGCGUUCGCGAGUACUGGUGACGAUGACCGCGAGUCCCAGACUAUCGAGGAUGUGCAGAAGCUGUUGAAGGCGGGCGUACAGGUGAUUAUGUAUUUCGGCGAUGCUGACUACAACUGCAACUGGAUGGGUGGACAAGUUGUCGCAGAGGAAAUCAACGCCCCAGGUUACAAAUACGCUGGAUUCGUCAACAUCACGACCUCGGACGGGGUGGUGCACGGGCAGGUCCGUCAAAGCGAUUUAUACAGCUUUGUGCGCAUCUACGAAUCCGGCCACGAAGUGCCUUUCUACCAGCCUCUGGCUGCGCUGGAGCUGUUUGAACGAGCGCUCGCAAGAAAGGAUAUCGCGACUGGCAAGCAUGCUGUGACUGUGCAUGGCGGGUAUAAGACCGUUGGAACGCCUACGAGUGACUACCGGGAGGGAAAUAGCACGGUCGUGCUGGAAGUGCUGCCGGACGAUGCUACUUACAAUACGACCUUGAAUGGACCGAACCCGUCGACUGAAUCGAAAGUGCGGAGGGAGAUCUUGCAGGGCAGGUCUGAGAAGAAGCUGAAGAAUCUUCGCAAGGUACGACGGUCGAUGGGUGGAAGGCGCCUGGUAUAA